AACAAUAUCAAUAAUAAAAUAAAAUAUGAAAUCUUUGUCAUUUAUAAUUUAUUACUUUAUAGAAAAAACGAUUGUUUCUUAAUUGCUUAUUCGCAGAUAAUUAUCAGAGUUCACAAAGAGGAAGAGCCUUUGGAUGCUCCACUACUCGCUCAUCCACGAUAUUAUUGUCUGGAUUAUAAAUGCUACGUUAUUUUGGGUGGACUAGGCGGUUUUGGUUUAGAGCUAGCAGAUUGGUUGACUCUUCGAGGUGCAAAAAAUCUGGUAUUAACAUCACGAACCGGGAUGAGAACAGGUUAUCAGCAAUCAAGAGUAAAGCUAUGGCGAUCUUACGGUGUAGAUGUACAGAUUGUUACAGUCGAUGAUAAUUUGAAACAUGAAGAUUGUGAAUCCCUAUUAAAAUUUGCUGAAAAAAGAGCACCAGUGGAUGCCAUAUUUAAUCUUGCAGUUGUUUUAAAAGAUUGUAUAUUUCAAAAUCAAUCACUUCAAACGUUCGAGGAUUCAUUCAAAUCAAAAGCAUGGAUGACAAAAAAAAUGGACGAAUUGUCGAGGAAGAUCUGUCUGCAACUUCGACAUUUUGUCGUAUUUUCCUCCGUGUCGUGUGGAAGAGGAAACGCAGGCCAGACAAAUUAUGGGAUGGCUAAUUCCGUAAUGGAGAGAAUUUGUGAAAAAAAGAUGGAAGAAGGAUUACAUGGUUUAGCGAUACAAUGGGGUGCUGUUGGUGAUGUCGGACUCGUGGCAGAUAUGCAAGAAAAAAAUAAGAAAUUGGUUAUUGGAGGUACAUUGCAACAACGAAUAUCUUCCUGUUUGGAUACAUUAGAAAUAUUUCUACUACAAGACCGCCCUGUCGUAAGCAGUAUAGUUGUUGCUGAAAAAGCAAAAAUUGGCGGAUCAUUGAAUAUUUCAGAAACGGUUGCUCAUAUCAUGGGACUGAGGAACAUAAACGCAGUACCACCCAAUGUGCCACUGGCCGAAAUGGGUAUGGAUUCGAUGAUGGCAGUGGAAAUUAACCAAACAUUGGAAAGAGAAUUUGAUAUUUCCUUGACAGCGCAAGACAUUAGAAAACUAAAUUUUGCUAAACUUAGACAAAUGACAAUUACAACCGAGCAAGGAAAGACACAUAAUACAAACAAAAUUAAUAAAGAUUUUAACAUGCUGUUUCGAAGAAUGGAGAAUUCAGAUUUUGUUCCAGAUAUUCUUGUAGAACUUGCUACAAAAAAGGAGAUUGGUAGGAGCACUGUUUUUCUCUUACCAGGAAUCGAAGGAUAUUCAAGUGUAUAUAAGUCUAUAGCAUCAGAAAUCAAAUCUUCGGCAACGUGUUUGCAACAUGGUCUACUUAAUAUUCCUGACGAAAGUCAUUCAGUGAUGAAGUCAGCCGCUUAUUUGCUGCCUCACUUAUUGAAAAAAAUGAAAGAUCAAAAGGAAUUUCUAAUAGUGGGUUAUUCGUUCGGAUCCUUAAUUGCCAUCGAAUUAGCAAGAUUAUUAGAAGCUAAUGAUUUCUCAGGACGACUAAUACUAAUAGAUGGAGCUCCUGACCAAAUGAAACUUUGGACUAAUCAAUAUUUGGACAGUACUUCGCCAGAAGAGUUACAAAACAUGAUCUUACUUGGUUUAUUAGAAAUGUACACUACAAUUAACAAGAAAACGCUUGCGUUAGAGUUGAAUAAAUGUAAUACAUGGGAAGAAAAAUUAAAACUAUUUCAUGCUUACUUCCCGAAUGAGGUAAAUGUAUUGACAACCAAAAAUCAAAAACUUUUGUAUUUCACAGUUUACAAUCAUAUAGUCGCUAUACAGAAUUAUGAUAUUUCUUCAUUACCUCGCCUUAAAUCACCUAUAACAUUGCUAAAACCUACAUUUCCGAUUGUCUCUGUUACUGAAGAGAAUUAUGGUCUACAUAAGGUUACCGAAGGUAGAGUGCAAUUUCAUUAUGUAGAAGGUAAUCAUAUCACAAUAAUGGACAACGACAAAAUCAUAUCAGCUAUUAACGAAGAAUGGAUAGAAGAUCUAAAUCGAUAAAUGUAUAUACUUUAUUAGGAUGUAGUAACAUAAUAUCUGACACAUGAUAUGUAAAACAUAUACGGGUGUCAGAAAUAAAAGUAUCCAGCCGAAUGCCUGGGGUAGAUUGGGUCAAAUUGAAGAGAAAAGUCAUUUACCAUCUUGCAAAAUUUGCAAUAGUUAACGAGUUAUUAAUUGAAACGUCUGAGCGAAUGAGAGCACAAGGAGCGUAGGCGGGUCUCGGCUGGCACGGUGCGUUAUUGCGCGCGGUGAGCGGUGAGGGGCGAGCGGCGAGCGGCGAGAGACGAGAGACGAGAGGCGAGCGGCGCGCGACGGAUGACAUACACUGCAGCGAAAAAGUAUUAGAGCCACCACACGUAUUGCACAGGCAUUGCC